UCAUCUGAGUGUGCACAAGCAGGACAACGUUGUGAAGUUCCUGCUAACACAGUGCACUUCACUGCACGUCCUGCUCACAGAGCGCAUCUGUGGCAAGUCACUCAACCUGACCCGGUGUAAUCCACAAAGUCAUAUCUGCUUUGGUCGACAAAGUCUCGACCGGCCACGUUAUCUCUCUGUCCUCUAAAGGGCUCAUCUGUCUCUCGCACCACAGUCGCGACUCGCGACCACAGCGCGCUGUCUGAAGGUUUCGCUGAGAGGAGUGAGCGAUGCGGUGAGAAAAGCAUUAUGGGAGGAUUCUGUGUUUAACAAGCUGCACUCCGUGGGGUAGAGGGGCGCACACAAAAACGCACAUAGAGGCUCACGCAAGAUCUCAGUUUACAGAAUCCCGACGUGUUUACACUGUACCGAGCACAGAGGAACACCAUUGCGCAGUCUUUACGCACAACCAAGGAGCGGACCUGGGGAUAACUUGCCAACCAGCACCAUGUCAGCGGCAACAGCUUCAAUUGCAGAUGUGUCCAAGGCAAAUUUCAUCAACAGUGAUGACGGACGUGACCGGAGUAUCACGGGCCAGUCCCGGGCUCAGUGUGCCCCCAGGCCUUUACCAGCCCUCGGCACCCACAGGGUCAUCCAGGGAAAUGGCACCAAUGUGGGCACAGUCAUUUUCCUGCAGUGCCCAGCCAAACAUAAACUGUUUGGAGGUGAGCUGAUGUGUGUCCUGCUCUCCAACAGCACCCAGUGGGUUGGCGAGGCCUACUGCAAGCCUCUGUCUCUUUUUGAGGACUUUGGUUUCCGCAUAGCUGUGCUGGCAUCCAUCGUGAGCUUAGCCAUCAUCUUCAUCAUGUCUAUGGCCUUCAUCACCUGCUGUUUGCUCGACUGCGUCAAAGAGGACAAAAGGGAAAAGCAGGAGAGGGAUCCAGAUAUGUGGCAGUGGACAGAGCAGGCCCAACAACCAGAAGAUAACAGGUCCCACCACAGUCAUAAAGGCAGGAACAACAACAACAACAACACCCAGGAGAAGCUGUUUUCUCUGUGGGACACUGGUGUUCCAGCCCCUUGUGACAACGUGCAGGCCUGCAGAUAUCAUCAACAGUACAUCUAUGGUCCGACUAGCACCUGUGGUUCCUCUUCUCUGGUUUCUGCUCUCCCUGGCUGUGACUAUGACGAGCCUCUCUUACCCCGAAACCAAGGAUAUGCACAGAGCACCAGGCAACCACCUCAGUAUGUCAGACGUCCUCAGUCUUCCUUCCAAAGUGUGAGUCCAGGGCCUGGCCAGAUCCCAGAAGUGGGGCCUGGUGUGUUGUGGCAGUACGGAGGACCUCAGACCAGCUUGUCAGGAGGUCACCCGCCAAGCACAGAUGAGACGUGCACGAGUAAUACGAAGAAAGAAUUUUCAAUUCGGAUUAUAUCAGUGUGAAGACACAAUGCUCUAUCAGUAAAGACUUUGUUUACGAAGCAAAUAUGUGCAAGAGUGACAACAGCAUCAAUGAAGACUACAUGAAGUAAUGAAACAUUCCUGGUCUUCUUGAAAUAAUCAUGUCUGCACAGUUUGAAGGCUCUUGAUGCAUUUACAGAGCAUAGUAUGUGCCUUCUACAAACUGUAAUGGCACACUGCCCUCUGCCUGACAAGGGAUGCCAUCGCACUUUCAGGACUCCAGCCUUGUUAGAUGAAGCUCCCUGUGAUCAGAAGGUCGGGGUAAAUUCAUGCCCUUAAUUGAGCUUCACAGACACAUAUGUAAUUGUUUGGUGAGGAUUAUUUUAUAUCAUUGGCAGCUGAGAAAGUUGUCUGAAAAAUCCAUCUCGAGGCUGGAAAGUCCAACCCUCCGACCAGCACAGAUAAGUAUGUAAAUAUCAUCUAAAAUGAUGAAAAUGAAAUGAAAUGUUCUACUGCUAAAAAGUGAUCAUGUAUUUCAAGUGUGGUGUGUAACACCCUGUGAGGAAUGAAUGACCAACAUGAUGAUGCAGCAGCACAGUGACUUUGAUUGUAAUUACUUGCUUACAUAAGAAAUCACAUGGUAAUAAAUAAUGUGUUUCUAAAAUUAAAGUAAUGCAUCAAAUCAGG